AUGAGUGGGAAAAUGAUGAUCUACAAGCUAGUGGUGCUAGGAGAUGGAGGUGUAGGAAAGACGGCAUUGACCAUUCAGCUCUGUCUGAAUCACUUCGUCGAGACCUACGACCCAACAAUUGAAGACUCCUACCGCAAACAGACGGUCAUCGAUGACCAACCUUGCAUGCUAGAGGUACUGGACACUGCAGGGCAGGAAGAGUAUACGGCAUUGAGGGAUCAAUGGAUUAGAGAGGGAGAGGGAUUCUUGCUCGUCUACUCGAUUGCUUCCCGUGCCACCUUUGAGAGGGUGGAGAGAUUCAGGUCACAAAUCUCGCGAGUGAAAGAUCAAGAGCCUACAAAUGUCCCCAUCAUGCUGGUCGGAAACAAGAGCGACAAGGUCAACGAACGUGAAGUUGGCAUCGAGGAAGGGAAAGCUCUGGCACGCCGUCUCGGCGUCGGCUUCGUGGAGACUUCGGCAAAGACGUGCGUCAAUGUGGAAAAGGCCUACUACACCGUAGUGCGCCAGAUUAGGGAGCUGAGAGGAGAGACGGCCCUCAAGGCAGGCAAGCCCGUCGGGCAGAAGAAGAAGAAGGGAUGCACAAUUCUCUAG